AUGAAGACCUCCAUUCUCCUCGCUGCGGGCUCGCUGAUGGGCGCCGCAAGCGGCGCUGGCGUGCACAAGAUGAAGCUCAAGAAGGUGCCUCUAUCGGAGCAGCUCCAAUACGCCAACUUCCAAGAGCAGGCGAAGGCUCUCGGACAGAAAUACAUGGGCAUCAAGGCCGAGACGCACGCUGAGCAGGUCUUCAAGGCGCCUUACGUCGCUGAUGGAACGCACCCGGUGCCCAUCACCAACUUCUUGAACGCACAGUACUUCUCCGAAGUUUCUCUCGGUACGCCUCCGCAAGACUUCAAGGUCAUCCUCGACACUGGAAGCUCCAACCUUUGGGUUCCGUCGUCUGAAUGCAGCUCGAUCGCUUGCUACCUGCACACCAAGUAUGACUCGUCGGCAUCGUCCACCUACAAGAAGAACGGCUCUUCGUUCGAGAUCCGCUACGGAUCGGGCUCGCUCAGCGGUUUCGUGUCCCAGGACACCUUCCAGAUCGGCGAUCUGAAGGUCAAGAACCAGGACUUUGCUGAGGCUACCUCCGAGCCUGGUCUUGCUUUCGCCUUCGGCAGGUUCGAUGGCAUUCUGGGCUUGGGUUACGACACCAUCAGUGUUAACAAGAUCGUCCCACCAUUCUACAAUAUGUUGGACCAGGGCUUGCUGGAUGAGCCCGUUUUCGCCUUCUACCUCGGAGAUACCAACGACGAGGGCUCCGAAUCCGAGGCAAUCUUCGGUGGUGUCAAUCCGGACCACUACAGCGGCAAGCUCACCAAGAUCCCCUUGAGGCGCAAGGCCUACUGGGAGGUCGACCUCGACGCGAUCACCUUCGGUGACGAGACCGCUGAGAUGGACAACACUGGUGUCAUCCUCGACACCGGUACCUCUCUCAUCGCUCUGCCUUCCACCAUUGCUGAGCUUCUGAACAAGGAGAUAGGCGCGAAGAAGUCUUUCAACGGACAGUACACGGUUGAGUGCGACAAGGUUGCCAGUCUGCCCGACCUUACCUUCACGCUCACUGGCCACAACUUCACUAUCGGCCCUCACGACUACGUUCUCGAGGUACAGGGCUCUUGCAUUUCUGCAUUCAUGGGCAUGGACUUUCCGGAGCCUGUCGGUCCUCUCGCCAUUCUCGGAGACGCCUUCCUCAGGAGGUGGUACUCUGUAUACGACCUCGGCAACAGCGCCGUCGGUCUUGCCAAGGCGAAGUAA